UUACCAAAGAGGUUAUCGAAAAGUCAAUUUAAGCAUUGGUGUGAUAACAACUAAUUGUGCUACUCAUGUUCAUAUUAAAUUGGUCAGCAAGUUUACCGAAUUUCCACAAAGUGCUUCUAUCUAGGAUCUAACACUGGUUGUUUUGAAAAUAGAAAUGGCAUAAUAAAACACUUUUAAUUAAAGUUUUAAGGCAAUUUCUCUAAUACCGUAAUGGAGGAUGCUAUAAGCAACUACACUGUCUUCGAAGACGCUUUUAAUGAAGCUGACGUCAACUACAAUUCGGACCUAAAUGCUUAUGUUGUAGAGUAUAUAAUAUCUAUUGGCUUCUACAUUAUUUCCACCUUAAGGAUAUGUAGUAGUGGAUUAUGCUCGUACGCAAUAUGUAAAUUCAAGUGCAUGCGGACUCGAACAAAUUAUAUUUUAUUAAAUUGUUUAAUUUGCGUUAUAGCCCAGGAUCUCGUGAUGGCUGUGUUUCAUUUGCUAAGCACAAAAAUUACUUACUUUAGUUCACCUAACAUUUUUUCUAAUUUCUUAUUAAUACUAUAUAUCUUCCAAAUUAACACGUUUUUACUAUAUUUGUUAUUAGCACUAGACUGGUAUCUUUCUGCUAAUUGCAAUUUUAUAUUUAACAAAUAUAAAAAAGCAUAUACGUUUUUUAUAGGCAGUGCUUAUCUUGUAAGCAUUGCAUCUGUACUUUCUUUCCCAUCUGCAAACAUCAUUAUUAUGAUGGUAACUUAUUUUGUUUCUGCGUUAAUAGUAGCUAUUUUGUAUAUUAUACGUUUUGUAAAAAUAUAUCCUCCUGCAUCCUUAAAAAUAUCGUAUGCACUGACUGUAUCUGUAAUAUAUGUUUUGUUUUGGUCGCCUUUCAUGGUGGUGAUCACGACGCUACAUAUAGUAAUACUUUAUCUAGAAAUUUUUUCGUUUCAUGCAUCUACUUUACCGUACAUUACAUCGAUCGUUUUUCUGUUCUUAGGAUACAUAGCGCCAUUCUUCAUUGUUAUAAUAUUAAGAAAGUUAGAUAAGAACUUUAAAAUAGCGUACGAGCUUGUCUUUAGGUCCACCGUCAGGAAAUAUCGCCCUUCAAAUCCAUAUUCAGACUGCGAAUAUGAUCAAUAUUUUAACGACUCGGAUGUUCUUUAAAUUACUAACUUUCAUGACAUAGUUCUACUUUUAUCUUACCAGUAUUUGUAAAUAUUAUUUUUAUGGGUUUGUUUAUGUACAAAGUUGCAAUAUAUUUCUUGCACACAUAA